AUGAAUUGGACCUCCGAAUCCUUCUCGUCCGCUUCAACCUAUGUUCCCUCUUCAUCUGAGGACAACUCGAUGAUAGAGACAACUCACGGUUACGCGACAGAGGCCUUCGCGCAUGCAAACUAUCCCAACAAUUCACAGCCACCUACUGGUCUUGGAAUCACUUAUGUUGGUAUGGAGGCUCAGUUCAGUCAGAUGGGACUUUGCUCUGUUCCAGAAACACUGACCCAACCGACGACCGACUGGCCUGAUCAAUUGAUGCAGUCCGUAUUCGAGCCCUGUCUGGAGGUUGAAAAUCUUACCACUGGGGCAUGCUACGAAUCCUUCCCUGUUCAUCAUGAUGUGUCCACCUCUCCCCACAGCCUUUAUAGUCCGCAAACCCUAAGCGCAUCACCGAGUUACUGUUCGACCUUGGAUGUGGGAAAUCAGGGUACAACGUGCAGCCAGACGUCCCAUAGGUGGCCGGGUACGCCUUGUUCGGACAACACCACUCCUUUUGAGGGAUGGUCUCACGUAAAGCAGGAAUAUGACGACUGCCCGGAUCCGCUUCUCUACUCUGAACCGAGUGAUGCGUCUGGAGUCUCUACGUCCACAACAAUACCUCAGCUGAUGGUGAACAACACCUUUGCAGUCACGGCAUCCCCUGGAAAAGAGAAAGGCGACACCGCUCUUAAGCCUGAUCCGAUAUUCGAAGACUCCAUGGGCCACGAUCAGACGGCAACAAUACCUCAGUUCACCGCUCGGGAGGGCACGACGACAUCAAACGAUAAUGACUCAUGCAAAGUGACAUCUGCAAGCGGCCUCAUCUGUCCCGUGUGUGGCACCCGCUUCACUCGACGCUCAAAUUGCCGGGAACAUAUGAAAAGACACGAUCCCAGCUGCAGAAAACUCUACCCGUGCGAGGCUUGUGGAAAGACUUUCGGAAGAAGGACUGACUUGAAGAGACACGUGGACAGUAUUCAUCAUGGACUGCGGAAAUUCGGUUGUGACCAGUGUGACCGGCGUUUCAGCAGGCAAGACACUUUGGCAAGACAUAAGGCAUAUGGUUGCCGACAAAAGUCGCGAAGAUCCAGUCCCAAGAAAGGCAAGGAACCUACCGGUUCCCCCUCCGAACCCAUUUCUUCUGGCUCGUCACGCAUACAUUUCCAAACCAGCAAAUGA